CGAUAACAGUCACAUAUGGUGGCGGUAAUAGAACCAGCGGUUCCAGAACCGUACCAAAACAAAAGACUAAUAUCUUAAAAUUGAGGACUAAAUAUGAAAACUCACUAAUUAUUUUAAUCACCUUUUAUUAAAACGAUUCAAAAUUAGGACUUGUUCUCUUUACAUGAUAUGAUUGGAAUAAAGUUUGAUCUGAUUGUAGUUAUAUUUAAAGAUAUAUUUAAUCUGAUUUGGUCUGCAAAUCUUCCCCGUCAGGAUUAUCAAUUCGAAAUCACGAGGACUGCACUAUAUUCCAAUACCUUAGUGGCAUUACCUACUGGGCUUGGAAAAACAUUCAUCGCUGCCGUUGUAAUGUAUAAUUAUUUUAAGUGGUUUCCAGAAGGUACUGCAUCACUUUUUAGCAUUGUUUGUCAUUGCAUGUGAUUAAGUGUUCUUGAUGGUAUUUUUUUUUCUUUCUGGAAAAUGGCAUAAAGAAAUAAGUUCAAGUGAGCUGCUUGGAACUAUAUCAAUAUGCUUAUGGCAAUCCUAUCUAAACACUGCAAAAGCUGAAUAUAGAUAAGAUCUCAUUACUCUCAGUAAGGUCCAACUAAGCUGAAAAUAAUGUUGUCUUGAUAAGGUCUUAAUUUCUUGUAAUGAAUUAUAUACAUAUUUACUGAAGUAGAGUUAUUUAUUGGAGCAAAUGUUCCUUAUUUUGUCAAUAUAGAUGAGCUGUUUAUGCAGGAAGUUAUGGGCAUCACAUACAAAUUCAGAGUUUCUAACAUUUGCAUGGCUUUGGAUUCAAACCUACAUGUACCUUACACACUGACUUCAUUAGUUUGCAUGAAUUGUGAAAGGCUUUUUUUUUUUUGAAAUUUAUGUUUUUAUUCUAGCAGGAACAAGUGUAACAUCAUAACCCUCUUUAACCUCUUAGUUGUGUGCUUUUGACUUUGUUGGUUGAUGAAAAAGCUUAAGCAUACCAAAAAUAUAUUUACUUUGUAUAUGUGACAUCAUGGCAGGAAAAAUAGUGUUUGCAGCUCCUUCUAAGCCCCUAGUUUUGCAACAGAUUGAAGCAUGCCAUAACAUUGUAGAUAUACCGCAGUCACAGAAUUUGCUCCCUAGGCCGUGACUUCCGUACUGGUAUGAGACAUACCCAAUCGCAAUUCGAUUGCGAUCCAAUCGUAGCCGGUACGGCGUACCCAUGGUAGUCAAAAUCACGAUCUGAUCUGUACGCUUCUGCAGAUCAACCUAGGGUUACCAAUUCAAAUCGCGUGCUAGAUCGGAAAUCCUUCAGUCGAUCGCCGAGCAAGAUCGUACUACUAUCGCCUGGUAUCGGCAAUUCAAUGGGAACGAAAGUCACAUGUCGGAAAAGCAAUUGGCGCUACCCUUUGGUUGCCUCGACUCCCCAAACGAUGCUUGUUUCCACUGCGUUUUAUGUAAAUAAGCCUCUGCGCUGAUUUAAUCUGGUUCUUUGGGUUUCAAGUUUCAGUUUAGCAUGUGGAGUCACACCAUGUAUUCUGUCUUAUUCUGCCCAGCUCUUAAGUUUUUUUGUUGUUUUAUUUCUUGAGCCCUUUAUCUACUAACCUUUUUUUAUUGUUAUCUAUUGAUAUUAAGAAAUUUUGUUUACUAAAGUUUUGACUUUUGUUACACCGAACCGAAUACUUGGUACACCGUUCCGCUUCGUACCAAAAUGAACUUACCCACUUCGUACCGAAUUCGUCACCUCUAGCAAAUUUCGUACCCAUACCGGAACGUAUCGCGAUUUAGGUGACUAUGUCACUACUAUAUAUUCAAGUAAUAUUGCACUAAUGGAUUAUUAGUGUUAUCCCAUUCUCACAUAUGUAAAUUAGGGAGGAAAAAUAUAUUGAUGCUACCUGGCAAUGGACUACUUUUUGUCUUUGUUGUUGGCUCUCCUUUUGCACUUUGAUUGACUAAAAUCCAGUCCCUGGCUAAUUACCUUUAUAAACUCUUCAAUAGACUAAUAAGUCUAUUUGGAAUACAAGCACAUGAUACAUAACUUUUCAAAAUUAAAACUGGAGAAGCCUUGUACCUAAAUUUUAAAAUAUUACUAUUGUUAUUUUCAAUUCUGUGUUUUGUUUUGUAUUUAGAAGAGUAGUAUUUAGUUGUCUACAGAGACUGAGAAGGAUAGCCAUGAAAGCAGAUUUUAAAAAGAUUUCUGGAUACGCAAGUACUCUGUAAGUGAUAUUGUAAAACCGUGAAACUCCAAAGUUUCCAUUGCAAUGUGUAUUGCGAUAGAUUUUUCAAAGACUGAUGGUUCAAGGGCUUUCUGGGACUAAACUUUGCAAUGGGACAUAUCAUGUCAUACGCAAAGUAGUGAAGGACCAAGGUGUGCAGGAAUGUAGAGAAGUUUUUUAUCAACGACUACCAGUCCCCUGCUUCCCCACUGAUUGGGUGGUUAUGCUGCUUCACAACAUCUCAACUGGAGGAUCUAAACGCAUUUAGGUAUUUGUCUAUGGAAUCUGUCUCCAAGCUCAGAAAUCAGCAUGCAACUUAUAACUUUGUGACACUUUAGUCAAGCAACGAAGAUGCAUUUGACACAAAGAAUUGAGAAUCUAGAUGGGGAACUGGAUGACCACUGACCAGAUUGAGAUGUCAAAAGAAACUAGAAAUGAGGUAAAUUCACCAACAAAUUCUUGUUUUUAAAUUCUAAAUUCUCACAGGAAUUACUCAACCUCAUCUCUGUGUUCGAUUGUGGAGCAGGUUAGUGAUGCACGUGGUGCUAUUUCUAAAAUCGAUAAUGACUUUGAUGCAAUACAGAUGAUGUUGUCUGACCAAGUCAAUAUAUAUUUUGUUUUGUUUUAUUAGUAUCAUGUAAAAUUCCUCAAGUCAAGCAGGUGAACUAAUUUUUUAAAAUUCUAUGAAACAAAUUACAAUAACAAGUAUUAAAGAUAUGUUUAGAACAUGAAAAAUUAAGUUAACCUUUUAAAUAUACUGGAAAUUUGAAAACCAAAAGAGUGGAAGGAAAAAAACUUAAGUUUUAUAGUAUAUUUUUUUCAAACUUUGUAUUUACUCCAUUUGGCCCAUAUUAGUCCUUUUCUUCUUUAGGUUAAUAAAAAUAUGUGGUUUAUAUUCUUUUAUCCCCUUCAUAAUUCUCAACAAUUUUUUUUCUUGAACUUCAUGACAAUUGACAAGUCAAACCCAUAACAUGAAAUGUGAAGGGAGAGAGUAUUUUCUUAUUUGUAUUACAUAUUGAACAAAAAUCUAAACACAUGUCAACUUUUUAAAACAUUAAUUAUUUCUCAUUACCAUUGGCAUUUGCCAAGGUAAUAGAUCCAAACUAGAGAAAAUAUAUUAGCGAUUUCCAAGCAUUGUCUAAUACCCAAACACUUGGUGAUUUUAUGCAAUCCUUAUUUUACGCUUGGAGUUGUUUGGUCAGCUAUUAAUGGUGGUAUUUUGAUGUGUAUACCUAACCAUCCCAUUUACAAUUUAUUGUGGCAAUAUGAGCUUGCAAAUGUAGGUGUUAUGUUUAUGAGGUAAGGUCAGUGAAUGUUGAGUGAAAAUGGACAAAAAAAUCCAGGUGUGUAUAAAUGAAUUAAAACUACACAUUUUCUAUUACUCUCUCUCUCUCUCUCCACAUAGGGUUGCUACUUGCUCUUGCAUUACAAUUUGCUGCUGCAAGUCAAUGUGUUGUGCCUCUGUUUGCAAAAGCAGCUCGGAGUUGGUGGUAAGUCAGCAGGAGCUAUCAUAUUAAGUUUUCUAGUCAAACUAUUGUUCACGAUGUUAAAUGUGAUAGUGAUAUUAAGAGCUAGUGUGGAUGUUGCUUGUGUUGUAAUAAUAUAGAAACUUAUGGAACCAGACUGGGUUGUUCUUUUUUGUUUUAGAAGAAGAAGAAGAAGAAUAUGUGGUUCAUAACAUUUCUCUCUUCUAAAAAUGUUCUACGCUCACACUUUUCAACACUUUUUUUUUCUUUUUCAAACAUAGCACUGUAGGGGCCUAUGAUAUGUUGUAUGCAGUCGAUGUGAAAAGCAGCGGGGGUGACUAUAUGCUGCGAGGAUGGUUGCUCGACCUGGUGAAGCUAAGGAUGAUGGCUUGGGCUGGAUCUACAGGUAAGGCAGCAAUGUUUAUGUGGAUGCGUGCAGGGGUUGAAUGAGGGGGGUUGAGGAUUGGAGGUAUGGCGGCCAUGGAGAAGACAAAGGAAAUAUGGUGAUUGGGGAAGGGGAUUCUCACGGUGAGAGGGAUAAAUCGAGGAAGAAGAAAGCCCACAGAGGAUUGAGAGUUGAAGUGCCGAGAGCAAAGCUAUCGAAAACACACUGCAUUAAAUUAAAGCCCAAGUGGUGCGUGCAACCUUAGCUUGUUCAAGGAUUUGAUGAAGUAACAACCAAAGGUGAUAUAAUAUGAUUGAUAAUCUAAAAAGCUGACAAAAAAUAUUCUUUCCUAAUUUUAUAUUUUUUCACUUCAUCAUAUUACGGCUUUCAAUUAAUAAAUAAGAUACUCUAUUCACCUUUAAACAAAUUUUAUAGUAUUUUUUAUGACAUGCAUAAAUAAACGUUAGCUCAUACUCCGUAUAUUGUUUGUUAACAUCAAAACACGAGAUAAACCAAGGCUAAGAUAUGAUACUGUUUCUUGAGAACACAUUUGCCUAAAAUGACAUAACAAUAGUUACCAUUGAAUGAUACAUUAUUUAACUGUAAAAAAUCAAACUAUGGGGGACAUGUAUUAUUAUAAUUGUUUUUGAAGCAGUUUAUUAUUGUUAUAACUUAUAUCUAUAUCCUCAGCAGUCACUCAUUCCUGUAAGUGUUAUCAUCAAUGUUUUACUAUUUUUCGAUGGACGAUACACACAUUGUAAUUAGCAUUUUAUUCCACAAGUUUCAUCUGUGUGCAUUUACAGAUCAUGAAUAGAACUACCAGGUCCUGCUAUCUAUCUUGGGCAAAGGAGAAGCUGAUGAGAAUCAAAACCAUGCCAUUAUAUUUACACGUGGAGUGGGUUUACAAACAAUAGGGAAAUUAAGUUGCUUUUAAUGCCUAAAAAUUCAGGGAAUACUUGACAAUAUUCCUUUGGGGUUCAAUGGCCCAUGUUCCUUCUAGCAAGCAAAGGUUGCUCUGCACCAGAAACUAUAAUACUUGUUUUGUUACUAUAUGCUAAUUAAGUAUGCACAUACUGUUAUUUGUCAUCCCUGGCAUCUAUUGUUAAUUAAGUAUGCACAGUUGCACAUACUGCUAUUGGUUC